AUGGAGCGUGACUUUUCAGAAGGACAGCGAGGUCGCGGAGGUGGUUAUACAACGAAAUCCUACCUAAAAGCACUUGAAGAAGGGUUUAUUGAACACUAUGAGCCUGGAACUAUAUUUCAGCAAGAUAACGCAAAAAUCCACCGCUCCUAUGUUGCUCAGCGAUGGUUUGAACGUCAUGGUAUACAUGUUAUGGAAUGGCCGCCACGCUCGCCAGAUCUCAACCCUAUUGAACCCGUGUGGCGUAUGCUCAAACGUAAAUUAUAUGAGCUCUAUCCUAAUCUACUACAUUGUGGUACAUCUGAGGCAGAUUGGAAGCUAUUUAGGGAGUGUAUAUCUGAGGCCUGGGAUGCGCUAGAUCAAAAUAAAAUUGAUAGUAUAAUUAGAUCGAUGCCUCAGCGUGUAAGCGAGACUCGUAAGGCGGUGUCUUCAAACUUAUGGCCCAAGGUGGUAAUUUACGGCCGUGGAUCUUGCGAUGAUAAAGGUCCGAUGGCAUCGCAAAUUAUAGCCGUUGAAGAACUGCGUAAACAAGGUCUCAUCGAGCCCGAGGAUGUCUCACUUCUUUUUGUCCUUGGAGAAGGCAAGGGUGGUGUCGGCAUGUUUGCUGCUAAUAACGUGAAUUUGUCCUGGGAGACAGUUUUCGUGUUGGCCGAGCUCGAGCAGGUCCGAUUUCCAUCUUCAGAUACUCUUGGACCGUCUGCCUUCCACUGCGGCGAAAUUGCCGACGGAGAAGGAUACAAUAUUUUGGCACCCAAAUGCACUGCUGUCUGCUCGGUGCGAGUAGCCAAGGACCUACCGAGGAUUGAGCAGUUGAUAGAAAAAAAUAAUCUCCCGCCACGAAAACGUACAUCUUAA